AAGUGACCAUCUUCAAGCCCUCCUCAUUCUACAUUGUUAUCCAGACAACUCUUGGAGUUCAACUUCAGAUCCAGCUUUCACCAGUUAUGCAGAUCUACAUAACUGCCAUCUCAUCCUACAAAGGAACAACCUGUGGCCUUUGCGGAAACUACAAUGACGUUCAGGCAGAUGAGUUCAGAGUCAUCAGUGGAUUGGUGGAGGGCACAGCUGUAGCUUUUGCCAACACAUGGAAGACCAUGGCCAGCUGCCCUGAUGUCAAGACUAGCUUUGAAAACCCCUGCAGUUUGAGCAUCGAAAACGAGAAAUACGCCCAGCACUGGUGUUCCAUGUUAUCAGAUCCUAAAGGAGUGUUCUCCCCUUGCCAUUCUGAAAUAAGACCAGACACCUACAAAACCAACUGCAUGUAUGACAGCUGUAACUGUGAGAAGAGUGAGGACUGCAUGUGUGCUGCCGUCUCCUCUUAUGUCCACGCUUGUGCUGCCGAGGGUAUCCAGCUCAGCGGCUGGAGAGACACUAUCUGCAAUAAAUUCGCCGCCUGUCCCAGACAAACAGUUUAUACCUACAACAUGACCAGUUGUGGACGUACCUGCCGCUCACUGAGCAUGACAGACCAAUCUUGCCAGGUGAAGUUUGUUCCGGUGGACGGCUGUGGCUGUGCAGAGGGCACCUACAUGGACGAGGCUGGCCAGUGUGUUGCCCCCACCAACUGUCCCUGCUAUGACAAGGGCUCAGUGGUCCCUGCAGGAGAGACUAUCAGCAGAGACGGUGCCACCUGUACUUGCAGACAAGGGACACUGAGUUGCACUGGGGGAGCAAGACCAUUCAGUAACUUUGAAAUGAACCAAGAGGAUUCAAGCAAUUCAUUAUGCACAGUGCCAAUGGUUUUCUUCAACUGCUCAACUGCACCUCCAGGAGCUUCAGGUUCAGAGUGUCAGAAGAGCUGCAAAACUCUGGAUAUGACCUGUAUCAGCACAGAGUGCACAUCAGGUUGUAUGUGCCCCACCGGACUGGUGUCUGAUGGGAACGGAGACUGCAUCAAGGAGGAACUUUGUCCUUGUUCUCACAAUGGAGCUACUUACCAAGCUGGAGAGACCCUUAAGGUUGACUGCAAUACAUGUACUUGCAAGGACAGACAAUGGCAGUGUACCACACAUCUUUGUGAUGGAGUUUGUGCAAUCUACGGAGAGGGUCACUAUAUCACCUUUGAUGAGAAAAGGUUCAACUUUAAUGGAAACUGUGAAUACACUCUCAUUCAGGACUACUGUGGCAAUACUAAUGGCACUGGCAGCUUCAGAGUCCUCACUGAGAACGUUCCUUGUGGAACUAAAGGCACCACCUGCUCCAAGACCAUCAAGCUCUUCCUGGGGACCAGUGAGCUCAUAUUGGCAGAUGGGACAGCUCAAGUUGUCAGAAGUACUCCAGAAGAGCAGUUUCCUAAACAGAUCAGCCUUCUGGGGAAUUAUCUGGUUAUUGAAGUCAAAAGUGGUCUAAUCCUCAUGUGGGACAAGAAGACCAGUCUCUUUAUCAAGCUUAGCCCACAAUACCAGGGCCAAGUGUGUGGUCUGUGUGGAAACUAUGAUGGCAACGCAAACAAUGACUUCACCACUAGAGCCCAGGCGACAGUUGUUGAUCCAGUGGAAUUUGGAAACAGCUGGAAAGUUUCAUCAAGCUGCCCAAGUGUAUCCGCUGUAGUGCACCCAUGUGCCUCCAACCCGUACAGAGCGUCUUGGGCCCAGAAACAGUGCAGCAUCAUUAACAGUGAUGUCUUCGCAGCCUGCCAGAACCAGGUGGACCCCUCUCCUUACUACGAUGCUUGUGUAAGAGACUCAUGUGCUUGUGACAGUGGUGGAGACUGUGAGUGCUUCUGUACCGCAGUGGCAGCUUAUGCAAAGGCCUGCAAUGAAGCUGGAGCAUGCGUAGCCUGGAGAACCCCUCGAAUUUGCCCACUGUUCUGUGAUUACUACAACCCCACUGGAGAAUGUGAGUGGCACUACAAGGCAUGUGGAGCUCAGUGUAUGAAGACCUGCAGAAACCCUUCCGGAGACUGUUCUAGUUUAAUUCCAGCAUUGGAAGGCUGCUAUCCUAACUGUCCUGUGGCACAACCUUACUUCAAUGAGAAGACAAUGAAGUGUGUGGAGAGGGAACAAUGUGGCUGCUUUGACUAUGAAGGAAACCAGUACACCAAUGGACAGAAUGUUCCGGCACCAAAUUGUAAAACAUGCACCUGCACAAUGACUGGAGUGAGCUGCAGUUAUGAUGUAAAUGUUUGUACAUGCUUGCAUAAUGGUAAACAACACCGAUAUGGAGCAACCCUCUACAAUACAACAGAUGGGAUUGGUAACUGCAUUGUUGCUGUUUGUGCUGAGAACGGAACCAUUACCAGGAACAUUUCCCCUUGUCAAGUGACCACAACUCCAGUACCAACUACAACAUUCCCUCUGACAACAACAACUGUCCAUGCAACUACAACACAGGCCUCUACGACAACACUAAAGCCCACAACUGUCUUCCACUUUUCAACACAUGAACCAACAUCUACUUCAACUUGGUCUUCCACAACAAUGGAGAUGACACCUAAAAUAACCACAAGAUCAUCAUUAAAUCCUUCAACUACAACAUCAGGAGCAAGUACAGUCACAAUUCCAAAACCAACAACUGUAACUACAACAACUAUGGUACCCUUAACAAGUAGAGAAGUAGCUAUAUCGACCACAGCUGAGACUUCAACAAAUGAAGAAACCACAACUGAGACCAUCACAUCCACAAAGCCACCUAAAGAAGUCACCACGGGCCCAACAACCACUUUCACAACUGUAUUUGUUGAAACCUCUACAUCAACAUCUCGGCCCAUAACAACACGUGAAGAAACAACAGGUCCAGUAGUGAUAACAUCCAAUCCCACCACUUUAACAACAACUACAAUUGCGCUCACAAACACUGCAGAGGCAACUACACCUACCACAGGUGGAACAACAACAGUUGAAGAAACCACAACUGAGACAAUUUCCUCUACAUCCACAAAGCCACCUAAAGUAGUCACCACCGGCCCAACAACCACUUCCACAACUGUAUUUGUUGAAACCUCUACAUCAACAUCUCAGCCCAUAACAACAGGUGAAGAAACAACAGGUCCAGUAGUGAUAACAUCCAAUCCCACCACUUUAACAACAACUACAAUUGUACCCACAACAACUACACCUACGACAGGUGGAACAACAACAAUCGAAGAAACCACAACUGAGCCAAUUUCAUCUACAUCCACAAAGCCACCUAAAGUAGUCACCACUGGUCCAACAACCACUUCCACCACUGUAAUUGUUGAAACCUCUACCUCAACAUCACAGCCCACAACAACAGGUGAAGAAACAACAGGGCCAGGAGUGAUAACAUCCAAUCCCACUACUUUAACAACAACUACAAUUGUACCCACAACAAAUACACCGAACACAGGUGGAACUACAAGAAUUGAAGAAACAACAACUGAGACGAUUCCCUCAACAUCCACAAAGCCACCUAAAGUCGUCACCACCGGCCCAACAACCACUUCCACCACUGUAAUUGUUGAAACCUCUACCUCAACAUCCCAGCCCACAGCAACAGGUGAAGAAACAACAGGGCCAGUUGUCAUAACUUCCACUCCCACUACUUUAACAACAACUACACCUGCCACAGGUGGAACAACAACAGUUGAAGAAACCAUCACUGAGACAAGUUCAUCUACCUCCACAAAGCCACCGAAGGAAGUCACCACCGGUCCAACAACCACUUCCACCACUGUAAUUGUUGAAGCAUCUACCUCAACAUCACAGCCCACAGCAACAGGUGAAGAAAAAACAGGGCCAGUUGUCAUUACUUCCAAUCCCACUACUUUAACAACAACUACAAUUUCCCCCACAACAACUACACCUACCACAGGUGGAACAACAACAAUCGAAGAAACCACAACUGAGUCAAUUUCAUCUACAUCCACAAAGCCACCUAAAGAAGUCACCACCGGCCCAACAACCACUUCCACCACUGUAAUUGUUGAAACAUCUACAUCAACAUCACAGCCCACAGCAACAGGUGAAGAAACAACAGGGCCAGUUGUCAUAACUUCCACUCCCACUACUUUAACAACAACUACACCUAACACAGGUGGAACAACAACAGAUGAAGAAACCACAACUGAGACAAGUUCAUCUACAUCCACAAAGCCACCUAAAGUAGUCACCACCGGUCCAACAACCACUUCCACCACUGUAAUUGUUGAAACCUCUACCUCAACAUCACAGCCCACAGCAACAGUUGAAGAAACAACAGGGCCAGUUGUCAUAACUUCCACACCCACUACUUUAACAACAACUACAAAUGUACCCACAACAACUAAACCUACCACAGGUGGAACAACAACAAUCGAAGAAACCACAACUGAGUCAAUUUCAUCUACAGCCACAAAGCCACCGAAAGAAGUCACCACCGGUCCAACAACCACUUCCACCACUGUAAUUGUUGAAACAUCUACCUCAACAUCACAACCCAUAACAACAGGUAAAGAAACAUCAGGUCCAGUAGUGAUAACAUCCAAUCCCACUACUUUAACAACAACUACAAUUGUACCCACAACAACUACACCUACCACAGGUGGAACUACAAGAAUUGAAGAAACAACAACUGAGACGAUUCCAUAUACAUCUACAACGCCACCUAAAGUCGUCACCACCGGCCCAACAACCACUUCCACCACUGUAAUUGUUGAAACCUCUACCUCAACAUCUCAGCCCACAACAACAGGUGAAGAAACAACAGGGCCAGUUGUCAUAACUUCGAAUCUCACAACUUUAACAACAACUACAAUUUCCCCCACAACAACUACACCUACCACAGGUGGAACUACAGGAAUUGAAGAAACAACAACUGAGACAAUUCCAUAUACAUCUAUAACGCCACCUAAAGUCGUCACCACCGGCCCAACAACCACUUCCACCACUGUAAUUGUUGAAACCUCUACCUCAACAUCUCAGCCCAUAACAACAGGUAAAGAAACAACAGGUCCAGUAGUGAUAACAUCCAAUCCCACUACUUUAACAACAACUACAAUUGUACCCACAACAACUACACCUACGACAGGUGGAACAACAAUCGAAGAAACCACAACUGAGACAAGUCCAUUUCCCUCCACAAUGCCACCUAAAGUAGUCACCACCGGCCCAACAACCACUUCCACCACUGUAAUUGUUGAAACAUCUACCUCACCAUCACAGCCCACAGCAACAGGUGAAGAAACAACAGGGCCAGUUGUCAUAACUUCCACUCCCACUACUUUAACAACAACAACACCUACCACAGGUGGAACAACAGCCGUUGAAGAAACCACAACUGAGACAAUUCAAUCUACAUCCACAAAGCCACCUACAGAAGUCACCACCGGCCCAACAACCACUUCCACCACUGUAAUUGUUGAAACCUCUACCUCAACAUCUCAGCCCACAACAACAGGUGAAGAAACAACAGGGCCAGUUGUCAUAACUUCGAAUCCCACAACUUUAACAACAACUACAAUUUCCCCCACAACAACUACACCUACCACAGGUGGAACAACAGGAAUUGAAGAAACAACAACUGAGACAAUUCCAUAUACAUCUACAACGCCACCUAAAGUCGUCACCACCGGCCCAACAACCACUUCCACCACUGUAAUUGUUGAAAACUCUACCUCAACAUCUCAGCCCAUAACAACAGGUGAAAAAACAACAGGUCCAGUAGUGAUAACAUCCAAUCCCACUACUUUAACAACAACUACAAUUGUACCCACAACAACUACACCUACGACAGGUGGAACAACAACAAUCGAAGAAACCACAACUGAGACAAGUCCAUUUCCCUCCACAAUGCCACCUAAAGUAGUCACCACCGGCCCAACAACCACUUCCACCACUGUAAUUGUUGAAACAUCUACCUCACCAUCACAGCCCACAGCAACAGGUGAAGAAACAACAGGGCCAGUUGUCAUAACUUCCACUCCCACUACUUUAACAACAACAACACCUACCACAGGUGGAACAACAGCCGUUGAAGAAACCACAACUGAGACAAUUCAAUCUACAUCCACAAAGCCACCUACAGAAGUCACCACCGGCCCAACAACCACUUCCACCACUGUAAUUGUUGAAACCUCUACCUCAACAUCUCAGCCCACAACAACAGGUGAAGAAACAACAGGGCCAGUUGUCAUAACUUCGAAUCCCACAACUUUAACAACAACUACAAUUUCCCCCACAACAACUACACCUGCCACAGGUGGAACAACAACAAUUGAAGAAACCACAACUGAGACAAGUUCAUCUACCUCCACAAAGCCACCGAAGGAAAUCACCACCGGUCCAACAACCACUUCCACCACUGUAAUUGUUGAAACAUCUACCUCAACAUCACAGCCCACAGCAACAGGUGAAGAAACAACAGGGCCAGUUGUCAUAACUUCCACUCCCACUACUUUAACAACAACUACACCUACCACAGGUGGAACAACAACCGUUGAAGAAACCACAACUGAGACAAUUCAAUCUACAUCCACAAAGCCACCUACAGAAGUCACCACCGGCCCAACAACCACUUCCACCACUGUAAUUGUUGAAACCUCUACCUCAACAUCUCAGCCCACAACAACAGGUAAAGAAACAUCAGGUCCAGUAGUGAUAACAUCCAAUCCCACUACUUUAACAACAACUACAAUUGUACCCACAACAACUACACCUACCACAGGUGGAACUACAAGUAUUGAAGAAACAACAACUGAGACGAUUCCAUAUACAUCUACAACGCCACCUAAAGUCGUCACCACCGGCCCAACAACCACUUCCACCACUGUAAUUGUUGAAACCUCUACCUCAACAUCUCAGCCCACAACAACAGGUGAAGAAACAACAGGGCCAGUAGUGAUAACAUCCAAUCCCACCACUUUAACAACAACUACAAUUGUACCCACAACAACUACACCUACGACAGGUGGAACAACAACAAUCGAAGAAACCACAACUGAGACAAGUCCAUUUCCCUCCACAAUGCCACCUAAAGUAGUCACCACCGGCCCAACAACCACUUCCACCACUGUAAUUAUUGAAACAUCUACCUCAACAUCACAGCCCACAGCAACAGGUGAAGAAACAACAGGGCCAGUUGUCAUAACUUCCACUCCCACAACUUUAACAACAACUACACCUACCACAGGUGGAACAACAACCGUUGAAGAAACCACAACUGAGACAAUUCAAUCUACAUCCACAAAGCCACCUACAGAAGUCACCACCGGCCCAACAACCACUUCCACCACUGUAAUUGUUGAAACCUCUACCUCAACAUCUCAGCCCAUAACAACAGGUGAAGAAACAACAGGUCCAGUAGUGAUAACAUCCAAUCCCACUACUUUAACAACAACUACAAUUGUACCCACAACAACUACACCUACGACAGGUGGAACAACAACAAUCGAAGAAACCACAACUGAGACAAGUCCAUUUCCCUCCACAAUGCCACCUAAAGUAGUCACCACCGGCCCAACAACCACUUCCACCACUGUAAUUGUUAAAACAUCUACCUCAACAUCACAGCCCACAGCAACAGGUGAAGAAACAACAGGGCCAGUUGUCAUAACUUCCACUCCCACUACUUUAACAACAACUACACCUACCACAGGUGGAACAACAACCGUUGAAGAAACCACAACUGAGACAAUUCAAUCUACAUCCACAAAGCCACCUACAGAAGUCACCACCGGCCCAACAACCACUUCCACCACUGCAAUUGUUGAAACCUCUACCUCAACAUCUCAGCCCACAACAACAGGUAAAGAAACAUCAGGUCCAGUAGUGAUUACAUCCAAUCCCACUACUUUAACAACAACUACAAUUGUACCCACAACAACUACACCUACCACAGGUGGAACUACAAGAAUUGAAGAAACAACAACUGAGACAAGUCCAUUUCCGUCCACAAUGCCACCUAAAGCAGUCACCACCGGCCCAACAACCACUUCCACCACUGUAAUUGUUGAAACCUCUACCUCAACAUCUCAGCCCACAACAACAGGUGAAGAAACAACAGGGCCAGUUGUCAUAACUUCGAAUCCCACAACUUUAACAACAACUACAAUUUCCCCCACAACAACUACACCUACCACAGGUGGAACUACAAGAAUUGAAGAAACAACAACUGAGACAAGUCCAUUUCCGUCCACAAUGCCACCUAAAGCAGUCACCACCGGCCCAACAACCACUUCCACCACUGUAAUUGUUGAAACAUCUACCUCAACAUCACAGCCCAUAGCAACAGGUGAAGAAACAACAGGGCCAGUUGUCAUAACUUCCACUCCCACAACUUUAACAACAACUACACCUACCACAGGUGGAACAACAACCGUUGAAGAAACCACAACUGAGACAAUUCAAUCUACAUCCACAAAGCCACCUACAGAAGUCACCACCGGCCCAACAACCACUUCCACCACUGUAAUUGUUGAAACCUCUACCUCAACAUCUCAGCCCACAACAACAGGUAAAGAAACAUCAGGUCCAGUAGUGAUAACAUCCAAUCCCACUACUUUAACAACAACUACAAUUGUACCCACAACAACUACACCUACCACAGGUGGAACUACAAGAAUUGAAGAAACAACAACUGAGACGAUUCCAUAUACAUCUACAACGCCACCUAAAGUCGUCACCACCGGCCCAACAACCACUUCCACCACUGUAAUUGUUGAAACCUCUACCUCAACAUCUCAGCCCACAACAACAGGUGAAGAAACAACAGGGCCAGUUGUCAUAACUUCGAAUCCCACAACUUUAACAACAACUACAAUUUCCCCCACAACAACUACACCUACCACAGGUGGAACAACAGGAAUUGAAGAAACAACAACUGAGACAAUUCCAUAUACAUCUACAACGCCACCUAAAGUCGUCACCACCGGCCCAACAACCACUUCCACCACUGUAAUUGUUGAAACCUCUACCUCAACAUCUCAGCCCAUAACAACAGGUGAAGAAACAACAGGUCCAGUAGUGAUAACAUCCAAUCCCACUACUUUAACAACAACUACAAUUGUACCCACAACAACUACACCUACCACAGGUGGAACAACAACAAUCGAAGAAACCACAACUGAGACAAGUCCAUUUCCCUCCACAAUGCCACCUAAAGUAGUCACCACCGGCCCAACAACCACUUCCACCACUGUAAUUGUUGAAACAUCUACCUCAACAUCACAGCCCACAGCAACAGGUGAAGAAACAACAGGGCCAGUUGUCAUAACUUCCACUCCCACUACUUUAACAACAACUACACCUACCACAGGUGGAACAACAACCGUUGAAGAAACCACAACUGAGACAAUUCAAUCUACAUCCACUAAGCCACCUACAGAAGUCACCACCGGCCCAACAACCACUUCCACCACUGUAAUUGUUGAAACCUCUACCUCAACAUCUCAGCCCACAACAACAGGUAAAGAAACAUCAGGUCCAGUAGUGAUAACAUCCAAUCCCACUACUUUAACAACAACUACAAUUGUACCCACAACAACUACACCUACCACAGGUGGAACUACAAGAAUUGAAGAAACAACAACUGAGACGAUUCCAUAUACAUCUACAACGCCACCUAAAGUCGUCACCACCGGCCCAACAACCACUUCCACCACUGUAAUUGUUGAAACCUCUACCUCAACAUCUCAGCACACAACAACAGGUGAAGAAACAACAGGGCCAGUUGUCAUAACUUCGAAUCCCACAACUUUAACAACAACUACAAUUUCCCCCACAACAACUACACCUACCACAGGUGGAACUACAGGAAUUGAAGAAACAACAACUGAGACAAUUCCAUAUACAUCUACAACGCCACCUAAAGUCGUCACCACCGGCCCAACAACCACUUCCACCACUGUAAUUGUUGAAACCUCUACCUCAACAUCUCAGCCCAUAACAACAGGUGAAGAAACAACAGGUCCAGUAGUGAUAACAUCCAAUCCCACUACUUUAACAACAACUACAAUUGUACCCACAACAACUACACCUACGACAGGUGGAACAACAACAAUCGAAGAAACCACAACUGAGACAAGUCCAUUUCCCUCCACAAUGCCACCUAAAGUAGUCACCACCGGCCCAACAACCACUUCCACCACUGUAAUUGUUGAAACAUCUACCUCAACAUCACAGCCCACAGCAACAGGUGAAGAAACAACAGGGCCAGUUGUCAUAACUUCCACUCCCACUACUUUAACAACAACUACACCUACCACAGGUGGAACAACAACCGUUGAAGAAACCACAACUGAGACAAUUCAAUCUACAUCCACUAAGCCACCUACAGAAGUCACCACCGGCCCAACAACCACUUCCACCACUGUAAUUGUUGAAACCUCUACCUCAACAUCUCAGCCCACAACAACAGGUAAAGAAACAUCAGGUCCAGUAGUGAUAACAUCCAAUCCCACUACUUUAACAACAACUACAAUUGUACCCACAACAACUACACCUACCACAGGUGGAACUACAAGAAUUGAAGAAACAACAACUGAGACGAUUCCAUAUACAUCUACAACGCCACCUAAAGUCGUCACCACCGGCCCAACAACCACUUCCACCACUGUAAUUGUUGAAACCUCUACCUCAACAUCUCAGCACACAACAACAGGUGAAGAAACAACAGGGCCAGUUGUCAUAACUUCGAAUCCCACAACUUUAACAACAACUACAAUUUCCCCCACAACAACUACACCUACCACAGGUGGAACUACAGGAAUUGAAGAAACAACAACUGAGACAAUUCCAUAUACAUCUACAACGCCACCUAAAGUCGUCACCACCGGCCCAACAACCACUUCCACCACUGUAAUUGUUGAAACCUCUACCUCAACAUCUCAGCCCACAACAACAGGUGAAGAAACAACAGGUCCAGUAGUGAUAACAUCCAAUCCCACUACUUUAACAACAACUACAAUUGUACCCACAACAACUACACCUACGACAGGUGGAACAACAACAAUCGAAGAAACCACAACUGAGACAAGUCCAUUUCCCUCCACAAUGCCACCUAAAGUAGUCACCACCGGCCCAACAACCACUUCCACCACUGUAAUUGUUGAAACAUCUACCUCAACAUCACAGCCCACAGCAACAGGUGAAGAAACAACAGGGCCAGUUGUCAUAACUUCAACUCCCACUACUUUAACAACAACUACACCUACCACAGGUGGAACAACAACCGUUGAAGAAACCACAACUGAGACAAUUCAAUCUACAUCCACAAAGCCACCUACAGAAGUCACCACCGGCCCAACAACCACUUCCACCACUCUAAUUGUUGAAACCUCUACCUCAACAUCUCAGCCCACAACAACAGGUAAAGAAACAUCAGGUCCAGUAGUGAUAACAUCCAAUCCCACUACUUUAACAACAACUACAAUUGUACCCACAACAACUACACCUACCACAGGUGGAACUACAAGAAUUGAAGAAACAACAACUGAGACGAUUCCAUAUACAUCUACAACGCCACCUAAAGUCGUCACCACCGGCCCAACAACCACUUCCACCACUGUAAUUGUUGAAACCUCUACCUCAACAUCUCAGCCCACAACAACAGGUGAAGAAACAACAGGGCCAGUUGUCAUAACUUCGAAUCCCACAACUUUAACAACAACUACAAUUUCCCCCACAACAACUACACCUACCACAGGUGGAACUACAGGAAUUGAAGAAACAACAACUGAGACAAUUCCAUAUACAUCUACAACGCCACCUAAAGUCGUCACCACCGGCCCAACAACCACUUCCACCACUGUAAUUGUUGAAACCUCUACCUCAACAUCUCAGCCCAUAACAACAGGUGAAGAAACAACAGGUCCAGUAGUGAUAACAUCCAAUCCCACUACUUUAACAACAACUACAAUUGUACCCACAACAACUACACCUACGGCAGGUGGAACAACAACAAUCGAAGAAACCACAACUGAGACAAGUCCAUUUCCCUCCACAAUGCCACCUAAAGAAGUCACCACCGGCCCAACAACCACUUCCACCACUGUAAUUGUUGAAACAUCUACCUCAACAUCACAGCCCACAGCAACAGGUGAAGAAACAACAGGGCCAGUUGUCAUAACUUCCACUCCCACUACUUUAACAACAACUACACCUACCACAGGUGGAACAACAACCGUUGAAGAAACAACAAAUGAGACAAUUCAAUCUACAUCCACAAAGCCACCUACAGAAGUCACCACCGGCCCAACAACCACUUCCACCACUGUAAUUGUUGAAACCUCUACCUCAACAUCUCAGCCCACAACAACAGGUGAAGAAACAACAGGGCCAGUUGUCAUAACUUCGAAUCCCACAACUUUAACAACAACUACAAUUUCCCCCACAACAACUACACCUGCCACAGGUGGAACAACGACAAUUGAAGAAACCACAACUGAGACAAGUUCAUCUACCUCCACAAAGCCACCGAAGGAAAUCACCACCGGUCCAACAACCACUUCCACCACUGUAAUUGUUGAAACCUCUACCUCAACAUCUCAGCCCACAACAACAGGUGAAGAAACAACAGGGCCAGUUGUCAUAACUUCGAAUCCCACAACUUUAACAACAACUACAAUUUCCCCCACAACAACUACACCUACCACAGGUGGAACUACAGGAAUUGAAGAAACAACAACUGAGACAAUUCCAUAUACAUCUACAACGCCACCUAAAGUCGUCACCACCGGCCCAACAACCACUUCCACCACUGUAAUUGUUGAAACCUCUACCUCAACAUCUCAGCCCAUAACAACAGGUGAAAAAACAACAGGUCCAGUAGUGAUAACAUCCAAUCCCACUACUUUAACAACAACUACAAUUGUACCCACAACAACUACACCUACGACAGGUGGAACAACAACAAUUGAAGAAACCACAACUGAGACAAGUCCAUUUCAAUCAACAAUGCCACCUAAAGUAGUCACCACCGGUCCAACAACCACUUCCACCACUGUAAUUGUCGAAACAUCUACCUCAACAUCACAGCCCACAGCAACAGGUGAAGAAACAACAGGGCCAGUUGUCAUAACUUCCACUCCCACUACUUUAACAACAACUACACCUACCACAGGUGGAACAACAACCGUUGAAGAAACCACAACUGAGACAAUUCAAUCUACAUCCACAAAGCCACCUACAGAAGUCACCACCGGCCCAACAACCACUUCCACCACUGUAAUUGUUGAAACCUCUACCUCAACAUCACAGCCCUCAGCAACAGGUGAAGAAACAACAGGGCCAGUUGUCAUAACUUCGAAUCCCACAACUUUAACAACAACUACAAUUGUACCCACAACAACUACACCUACCACAGGUGGAUCAACAACAAUCGAAGAAACCACAACUGAGACAAGUCCAUUUCCCUCAACAAUGCCACCUAAAGUAGUCACCACCGGCCCAACAACCACUUCCACCACUGUAAUUGUUGAAACCGGUACCUCAACAUCUCAGCCCAUAACAACAGGUGAAGAAACAACAGGGCCAGUUGUCAUUACUUCCAAUCCCACAACUUUAACAACAACUACAAUUUCCCCCACAACAACUACACCUACCACAGGUGGAACAACAACAAUCGAAGAAACCACAACUGAGUCAAUUUCAUCUACAUCCACGACGCCACCUAAAGUAGUCACCACCAGCCCAACAACAACUUCCACCACUGCAAAUGUUGAAACCUCUACCUCAACAUCUCAGCCCCCAACAACAGGUGAAGAAACAACAGGGCCAGUUGUCAUUACUUCCAAUCCUAUGACUUCAACCACUACUACAAAGGCACCCACUACAUAUACCGAGGUAAUUAAACCUACCACAGGUGGAAUUACAACAGUUGAAGAAACCACAACGGAGACUAUUCCAUCUAUAUCCACAAAGCCACCUAAAGAAGUCACCACUGGUCCAAUUACAUCUUCUACAACUGCUGUCAUUGUAACUUCAACUUCAACAUCACAGCCUUCAACAACAAUUACAGAAACAACAGGGCCAGUUGGCAUUACUUCCAAUCCCACGACUUCAACCACAACAACUGCGGAGGUAAUUACACCUACCACAGGUGGAACUACAAAAGUUGAAGAAACCACAACGGAGACUAUUCCAUCUACAUCCACAACGCCACCUAAAGUUGUCACCACUGGCCCAACUACAUCUUCUACAACUUAUAUAAUUGUAACUUCAAGUUCAACAUCACAGCCUUCAACAACAAGUACAGAAACAACAGAGCCAGUUGUCAUCACAGGCACAUUAGCAACAACAACAACUCCUUCAGCAUCGCCACAAGUGAUUAUUACACCUACAUCACAAGCAGUCACCACCAUUCAGUGCAUUUGCAAUGUUAAUGGGACACAGUAUCUACCAGGGAACCUAGUGUAUAAUGUGACCGAUGGUUCAGGGUGGUGCUUCACGGCUUACUGCAAAGCAACGUGCCAAGUUGAAGUGGAAUCAAAUCCAUGUCCUUCCUCAACACCACCCACUGUAUCACCCGCAACGUCAGAAGAGACCACGACCACACCACCAACAACCCAAUCCUCCCCAGACUGCACUAGCACUGAUCCACCAAGAAAGAAUGGAGAAUCUUGGCAGCUGAAUAGCUGUACCACAGCAGUUUGCCAGGACGGCAUUGUUGUCCAUCUACCAGUAAAAUGCAAGCCAGUGGAGCCACUACAGUGUGAGAAUGGUCGUCCACCUGUCAAGGUCUAUGAUUCAACUGGAUGCUGCUUUACAUAUGAAUGUGAAUGUGUAUGCAGUGGAUGGGGUGGAUCUCACUACAUGACAUUUGAUGGAGUAUAUUACAAUUUCCAGGAGAACUGCUCAUACACCUUAGUGAAAGAAAUCAACUUCAAAUACAACCUUACCAUUAUUGUUGAUAAUCACUACUGUGGAAACGCCGACAGUGGAUUCUGUCCUCAGUCCCUUAUCAUUCAUUACAAAUCCUAUGAAGUGAUUCUAACCCAGCAGAGAUCUGGUGACACAACAGAAAAUGUGGUAUAUGUCAACAGUAAACGAAUCUACCCAGCUUACAGAAUGGGUGACAUUGCUCUAACAAGUACUGGUGUGGAGGUCGUGCUGGAGAUCACUGAUCUUAAGGUUCAGGUGUCUUACAAGGGGUCAUCAUUUAGCAUCAACCUUCCUUAUUCCCUCUUCCAAAGCAGCACAGAGGGCCAGUGUGGUACCUGUGAUAAUUCCCAGAAGAAUGACUGCCAGUCACCUAAUGGUCAGAUACAGAGCUGCUCAGUCGCAGCUAGCCAGUGGCUGAUUCCAAACCAGGACUGUCCAACUCCUCCAACAGCACCACCCUCUACCACCACGGCAACCCCAAGCACAUCCCCUACCCCCUGCAAGACAGUCAUUUGUGAAAUCAUGAACAGCAAGGUCUUUGAGGAAUGCCAUAAAGCGGUUUCUCCUGAUGCCUUCAUUCAGGCCUGUAGAUCAGAUGUCUGCAACAAUGCUAUUUCUAGCUGCUCUAGUCUGGAGGCGUAUGCAUCUGAAUGUGCAAAUAAAGGGAUCUGCAUUGACUGGAGGAAGUCAACCGAUGGAGAAUGUGAGCAUACAUGCCCAGCCACUAAGGUGUACAUGCCAUGUGGUCCAGCAGUUGAACCAACAUGUAAUACAAAAUAUAAUGAGAAGUAUUUGAACAACCAAACCCAAAUGACCAAUAAGACGAAGGAGGGUUGCUUCUGUCCAUCUAAAACCAUCUUGUUCAGCACCUACUCUGAUACUUGUGUGGUCUCCUGUGGCUGCACUGGACCUGAUGGCAACCCCAAAAUGCCUGGUGAUACAUGGGAGAGUGGUUGCCAGCAGUGCACCUGUGACAUGGACUCCAUGAUUGUCCAGUGCCAGCCUAUCACCUGCCCCACACCAGCCACACCCAUCUGCAAUGAGACUGGAUACAGAUUGGUAAACAAGACAGAAGGCUGCUGCCAGAAAUAUACAUGUGAGUGCGAUGCACUGCUUUGCCCCAAAGUCAUGAUGGACUGCCAACCAGGGUGGGAGGCAAUUAUAAGCACGUCCAUCUCAAGUUGCUGUCCAGAGUAUACCUGUGUUCCUAAGGGUGUAUGUGUCUACAAUAACAUUGAGUACCAGCCUGGUGCUGAAGUUCCUGAAGGAACUUGUGAGAAUUGUAUCUGCAGCUCGACCAUGGAUCCUAGCACCAAGCUCAACAACAUUGUGUGCACAAAUAUCUCCUGCGACACUACAUGUUCACAGGGCUUCCAGUAUCAGGCCAUACCUGGUCAGUGUUGUGGGAAGUGUGUACAGACAAGCUGUGUGGUUACUAUGCCAGAUAAGACCAAACACACUAUUCAGGUGAACGAAACGUGGUCACCACCUGGUGACAAAUGUGUGAAGUACACAUGUGAGAAAACUGGUGGCCAAUAUAUACCAGGGGAGGUGAAGACUGUGUGCCCUGCAUUCAGCCCAGAGAACUGUGUCCCAGGCACAGAAAAGACAGACGCAAAUGGAUGCUGCAAGACCUGCACAGAACGCAGCAAUGUCUGUGAGAUGAAGUACACCACCACUAGCAUUGUCAUCAGUGGCUGUGCGACCUCUGAGCCUGUGGAGAUCAAUUCCUGCUCAGGAAACUGUGGAACCUCUUCUAUGUACUCAGCAGAGGCGAACACCAUGAUGCACUAUUGCUCCUGCUGCCAAGAGGCGACCACUAGCCAGAAAGAGGUGGAGCUGAUGUGCCCUGAUGGGUCAAAGGUCAAGCACUCCUACAUCCACGUUGAGUCGUGCGGAUGCCAUGUCACAGACUGUGAUGCAGGCACAACCACCGCCACGGGGACAACGAGACAGCGCAGGAGGAGGCGCUAAACGUCUAGGGAGACAACAUGCACACUGAUAUCGCAAUUGUCGUCAUGACAUCGAAUGUUUUAGUCCAAAUUUGUUUUCUUGUUACAUUUGAAUUAAAUCUGUCAUGCCAGUGUAUUUCUACAAUUGGCAACACUUAGUGUUAUGUUCUUAUACCUUCAUUGUGGAAUUGAUGUAUUUUCUAUGAUAAAUGUAGUGGAGAAUCUCUUUUCUCAUUUGUAGUGAUUAAUAAACAACAGCAACUUCAA